UUUGUUUUCUCUCUCGCUUGUUGUAUAUUUAGCUCAGUUUUAGAAAUGCCUUAUGUUGAAUUAUUCUCAGGGAACAUGAUCCUUCUAUCAUUUUUAUGGAUGAAAUAGACAGUAUUGGAUCUGCUAGAAUGGAAUCAGGAAGUGGCAAUGGUGAUAGUGAAGUGCAGAGAACAAUGUUGGAGCUUCUUAACCAACUUGAUGGAUUUGAGGCAUCAAACAUAAUUAAGGCAAGUUUGGCUAUCUGGAUCACUUGAAUAUAUGUUUCCUAGUUUACAAGUAUAUCGUCUUGAGAUUGUAAAGCUGAAAAAAAAUCUUUUCCUGGCUCUAGGUUUUGAUGGCUACAAACCGCAUUGAUAUUCUGGAUCAAGCACUCUUGAGACCUGGAAGAAUUGAGAGGAAGAUUAAAUUUCCAAAUCCUAAUGAAGAGUCCCGUUUCGACAUUUUGAAGAUUCAUUCUAGGAAGAUGAACUUGAAUAAAAUUGCUGAGAAGAUGAAUGGUGCUUCCGGGGCAGAACUUAAGGUUGUCUGUACAGAAGCAGGGAUGUUUGCUCUAAGGGAGAGGAGGGUACACGUGACACAAGAAGAUUUUGAGAUGGCAGUUGCCAAGGUAAUGAAGAAAGAGACGGAGAAGAAUAUGUCUUUGCGAAAGCUGUGGAAGUAAAUGACCGGGGGGACACCAAAAUGGCUACAACAUCCCACUCGUGGAUGUUAGUGCAUAAACUGUUGCCAACUUUUCUACUCGUGGAUAUUGAAUGUAUAGAUUACAUGCUCAAGGAAUGUCUAUACAUAUGGAACCACUAGCUUCUUGAGCCAGCAAAUAUCGAAGCACAACUUCUUGUUCUCUGGUUGAUUUAAGAAGCUUUAGUCUUGCAUUUGAUAUAAUCAUGAGUCGAGUUGGUUAUUGUACUUAAUUUCCUGCUGAGCUAUUUCCUCAUGCAUUUCUGUGAAAAUCAUGAA